CUAUUGUAUUAAUUAUUUUGUUAAUGUUAUUGAUCUAUAUUUAUGGUUGUAAUAACAAAGAUUUGAUGAAACCAGUUUGUUCGCCUACAAGGUCAAUUCAAGACAUAGAGAAUCCCAGAUUACAGUUAUCUUAAUGUAAUUCCCAGUUCAUUAAAGAAAUAACAAUAUUUAGUGUCAAAAUGUUUGUUAAAAGAGUAUCACUGCUUAUAUUUCUUUCGACAAACUUUCUUUCUUAUGAACAGUUUGCGAUCCCAGAUGCUACUUUAGAAGCCUACACUCCUAAAGGAUUUAGGGCAUCUAUACCUGCUUUGCCAGGUAUUCAAAUGUUUGCAUUUCAUGCAAAUGUAAACAAAAAUAUAACACAAGUUGAUCCCGGCGAUUACAGACAAGACUACACUUCUCCUGAGGGCAAAGUGUGGUCUUACUUUAAUAGUGAUUUGUCUCUACAAAUCGGGGAUACCGUCCACUAUUGGGUUUUCGUUCAAUUUGAAAAAUUAGGGUACCGAAAAGACAACGUAAUAUGGACUGUUACCGAACUUCUUCAGUUACCAAAUGGUACUUGUGAUCCUACGUCGACAGAGGUUAAUGGACAAACUCAAGUUUGUAAAAACCUGGUUGUUUUUGAAGAUAAUUUUAGAGGUGAUAAAAUUAAUGAAAAUAAGUGGUUUUUGGAACAGUAUAUACCGACAUAUUCUAGUGUGGAUUCUGAAUUUGUUUCCUACCAGAAAAAACAGUGUUACAUCAAUGGAGAUAAAUUAUUUAUAAAACCUCAUGCUGCACAGAACGACGAUGAUGUGAAUGGUGAAUUAGACUUCCGUGGAAAAUGUACACGUCAAUCAGAAAAUGAAUGUUACCUAGUACGAGCGAUUUACUUAAUAGUUCCUCCAGUAGCUUCUGGUAGAAUUGUUUCCAAGUUUAAAUUUCGAUAUGGUAUAAUCGAAAUUAAAGCCAAGUUGCCCGCUGGGGACUGGAUCUAUCCUCAAAUAUAUUUGGAAAAAGUAAGUGAUCCUAAAGAGAAAAUAUGGAUAAGCUAUGCUAGGGGAAAUGAUCAACUAGUAUUGAGAAAUAAAGAAGAUCUUGGUGGUAAACUACUUUUUGGUGGUCUAGUAAUAGAUCCAGAAGAGCCUGGAAGAAGCCAAUUUUUAAAAAGCAAACGUAACAAUUCUCCAUUUACGAAAGAAAUGCAUGUUUAUACAGUCAUUUGGACUAAAGAUAAAUUGUCUUUGCUAGUGGAUGGUAACCAAUAUGGUGAAUUAGACAGGGAAGCCCUUAGCCUAAUAAACUUCUCAGAAGACGAUAUGGUCCAUAUAGUUUUGGGAGUUGGUGUUGGUGGAAAUAAUGACUUCCCUGAUGAUGCCCAAUCAGGGAAUAGCAGAAAGCCAUGGAAAAAUAGACAUCCCAAAGAAGUGAAGCAGUUCUUUAAUGCAAGGUCUGAGUGGCUUAGCACUUGGAAGGGUGAUAAUACAGCUUUACAAGUCGAUUACGUCAAAGUUACGGCUUUAUAAAAUAGUGAAAUCGGAUAGGUUACUUAAUGAAAAAAAGUGCCAUAUAUCAUUUUAUUGACAAUUUUAGAAUAAAAACAUUGAAACAUUAAUACAAUCAUGAAAACAAAAUUAAAACUCAUGCAACAUAAAGUUUGAUCACCUAGAAAUAUCAUUAAGCUUUAAAAAACAUAUUACAUGAAUCUAUGUAAUGAUGAAAACAUCGUCUUGUGCUGAAAAAGAUUUCAUGAAACAACAAGUGCGUGUUAUAGCAGUGUUGAAACUACCAUCGACCGCAUCUGCAUUGUGUUUAAUUUCAGACAUUUCAAUAUCAAAUUCCGUUAAGUUACUUUUUUCAUUUGAACUAAAAUUUAAAUCUUCUUGUAUGCUCAUUUGUGUCUCACCUAAAAUGUAUAAUACACAUAUAUAAUUUUA